GAGCUAAUAUAGUUUUAUCAGUGCAAAAAGAUGACGCUAUUUUAAAUAUUUACUAUUCCGAUGAAAAAGUUCUAUUGAAAUAUACUGAUUAUGAUAAUGACUUUGAAACUUUUCUACAAUUAA